GGGAGAGAGAGGGAGAGAGAGGGAGGGAGAGUUGGUGAGAUGGAGCGCAAACAUACACCGGUAUAUAUGGGCAGAUGAAAAGGGAGGGGGGGGAGGAAAUGUAGGAUUAAAAGAGAGAAAGAGAUGCUGCGCACAUCCUGGUUGGGACUGAAGCCUGAGGAGUUGUUUUUCCUCUGAGGAGAGUGAUAAGGAAGGAAGAGGGGAACAUCUGUCAUCUGUAUGACCCUCACAUGUCAUCCCUGGGAAAAAAGGGGGGAAAAAACCCCUGAUUCUUGGAUUAACUGCUGAGCAGAGAUAAAGGAGGUAUCUGGCGACCCGGGUCGUUGCGGCCGCUGAAGGGGAGAGCGGAGAGCGCGCUUUGUGGACCAGCUCGGGAGAGUCUGUGUUUACCUCGCUUGGACACCGAGUAAGGAUAACGGGGUUGGAAUCGUGAACAAGCGCCGGAUGAUGUCACUUGGUGCCCCUGUGUCCUCUGGUCUGAUUCCUAGCCUGGAUUUUAGCAUCAGUCAGGGAGCAGGGCUGGCCUCCUAAUUAACUUCUUCAGGAAGAUGACCUUCUAUUGAAUCUUUGAAUCCAUCCCUUCCUCUCUCUCUGCUCCAUAUAAGACCAUAUAUGUGUAUAUAUACCUACAUGCGCACGUGCACACACACACACACACACACACUGCUUAGCAUAUACACAAAAACAAGGACUCGCACACGGUGCAUGGUGAUGGGACCCACACAUGCACACUGCAGCGAUCCUGCUCCCCUCUUUGUAAUCUCCAGCGACUGAAGUGGUCAAAGCAGCCGAGGGGGGUCACGGUGGAGACCUGUGCUCGAUUUACAAGUCAAUGGCUGCUGGAUCCCCACGUGCAGAGAGAGUGAUGACAGAGGUGGAGAGCGACGGUUGGCUCCAUUAGUUUUCUCAGCGGGACGGAUGGGCCUGGAUGCCGCCCGGACAUAUUGACCUUCUCUUAACUUACCGUUGGCCUUCAGCGGCCAUCAGUCUUCCCCCGCGCUCAUCCAGGAGUCUUAAAACGCAUGGCCGGUUACGAAAACUCUUGCUCUUGGAAUAUACACAGCGGAUACAGAUAUUUUUUACUGCUGAAGAUAUCUCUUCGAUAGUCAAGAGAUUUUUUUCGGUAAACCCGAGCGCUGUUUGUCGGGUCGGGGAUCGCCCGGCUGAAAACGAGGAUUUUGGACCGUACAAUGUGCGAGGCUUUCCGGCCCAGUGCAGACGACUGAGCUUGCGUUCCUUUGUUAUGUUGGUCAACUGUGUCCCUCCUGCCUGGGAAUACAGCGAGUUUAUAAACAGGAGAUGGCCCUGACAGUUUAUCCCUGAUCCACUCAUCCGUCAACUCUCCCACCGCUGGCAAAACAAACGAAACCCGCGAGGGAGAGAGAGAGAGAGAGAGAGAGAGAAAGAAAGAAAGGACAGGAAAAAAAGACUGAAGAGGUCAUAGGCCUUUAUCCUUUCUCCCGUGCUGGAGUGCCGGCGGCCAGUUUCCCAAAGACUGUCUUGCAGAGACGGGGGAAGCUGACGGGAAAAGUAUCGGCCUUCGGAGAGACAGGUGCUCCUCUGGGGAUUCAGGCUCUCUGGGAGGGAGUAUAGGAGGAGAUCCUGGUGUUUUGUACCCAUCGGUUGGCCGUGGCUAGGUGCGAUGCUGCUGUCUCUGGAUCUAACAUGGACUCUCUAUCCUGAUCGCGUGGCCCUGGGGCUAAGGUAGUUCUGAAGGGAAGGGAUAAUGCAUAUCCUUCCCCGUUUGGAAGAAGAAGCCACCAUGAGCAACGUCACGGUCACCGAUAACACCGAGCCCUUCAGCCGCACCAUGAGUUCGGCCACCCCUUAUCCCUACCCUUACCCCGUCAGCUUCCAGGUGUCCCUCACCGGCUUCCUCAUGCUGGAGAUCGUCCUGGGCCUGAGCUCCAACCUCACCGUGCUGGCCCUCUACUGCAUGAAGUCCAACCUCAUCAGCUCUGUCAGCAACAUUGUCACCAUGAAUCUCCACGUGCUGGACGUGCUGGUGUGUGUGUGCUGCAUCCCUCUUACCAUAGUGGUGGUGUUGCUGUCCCUGGAGGGAGACACUGCCCUGGUCUGCUGCUUCCACGAGGCCUGCGUCUCCUUUGCUAGUGUUGCCACGGCAGCUAAUGUGCUAGCUAUUACUCUGGACCGCUAUGAUAUCUCGGUCAAGCCUGCCAACCGGGUCCUGACCAUGGGUCGUGCACUGGCGCUGCUGACCACUAUCUGGGUGCUUUCCUUUGUCAGCUUCCUAGUGCCAUUUAUCGAGGUGGGCUUCUUCGCCCAGAGCCAAACUGAGAUGAACCAGACGAUGGUGGAGACAGUGGUCCACACCAACCAAUACUACACAGAGCUCGGCCUCUACUACCACUUGCUGGCUCAGAUUCCCAUCUUCUUCUUCACCGCCAUCGUCAUGCUCAUCACCUACUCCAAGAUCCUGCAGGCCCUCAACAUCCGUAUUGGCACGCGCUUCCACACCUCACAGAAGAAAAAGGUGCGCAGAAAAAAACGUCCAUCGAUGACAGCUAUGACUGCCCAGCAGGAGGCCACAGACGGAUCCCAGAGCAGUGGCAGUCGUAACCCAACACUGGGCAUGCGCACCUCCGUCUCCGUAAUCAUUGCCCUGCGCAGGGCCGUCAAGCGUCACCGCGAGAGGCGGGAGCGCCAAAAGAGGGUUUUCAGGAUGUCCCUCCUGAUUGUGUCCACUUUUCUGCUGUGCUGGACACCCAUCACGGUGCUCAACACCGUCAUCCUGAGUGUUGGCCCAAGUAACCUGACAGUCAAGCUGAGACUGGGCUUCCUGGUCAUGGCCUACGGGACCACCAUCUUUCACCCGCUCCUCUAUGCCUUCACCAGGCAGAAGUUCCAAAAGGUUCUCAAGAGCAAGAUGAAAAAACGAGUAGUGUCCAUCAUUGAGGCUGACCCCAUGCCCAACAAUGCCAUCAUCCACAAUUCCUGGAUUGACCCCAAGAGAAACAAGAAGGUGACAUUUGAGGACAAAGAGGCCAGACAGAAGUGUCUUUCCUCUGAGGAUGUGCAGUGAAGGAAUUCAUACCUUGGGUCUCAUAUUCAACAAAAGGGCCUGUUACUUGCAUUGUUUAGUGAUUAAAAAAGGGAAAAUGUCUAUCCAAAGCAGCAAUGUAAAUAGUGUGUGUAUUAGAAUGUACAAAAACCAAGGGUGGAUAAUUUAUUACUAUUUAUUGAGAACAGUAUAGUAGUUUCAUAGUUAUACAAUACACUGUACAGUAGAUAUUGCAUGGCUUUUUGUAAUAGUAGUGAUACACCUUGUGUACAUAUAUAACAUAUGUACAGUAUAAAGAAAAUAAAGGUAUACAUAUAGAGAAGUAGAAAUUAUGUAUGUAUACUUUAUGUAUAUUUAUAAUAAAUUUUGUGUUCACUC